GCAAUAUUUAAAAAUAAUAUUUAAAAAAAAUAUAUUUAAAAUAUAUUUUAAUAUUUUUAUAAGAAAAAGUUCCUAAAUUAUUUUUCAUAAAAUUCAGCACAUUUCUUUAUUCAUUUUUCAUACGCAUUUUCUUUUUUUUUUUUCCCAAAGUAACAUUUUUUUUUUUUUCCUUACAUUUUUAUAUAUCACACAAAAUGGUAUCCAAAAAGCCAGCGAAAGCGAAAAAAGCCACCACUGGUGCAACUGACGGAAAGAAGAAGAGAAAAAAGUCCAGAUAUGACAGCUAUGGACUUUACAUUUUUAAAGUUUUGAAACAAGUUCACCCAGACACUGGUAUUUCGAGGAAAUCCAUGAACAUCAUGAACUCCUUCCUUGUUGAUACUUUUGAGAAAAUUGCAACUGAAGCUUCCAGAUUGUGUAAAUACACCAGAAGGGACACCUUAUCAUCCCGUGAAAUUCAAACUGCCAUCAGAUUAGUAUUGCCAGGAGAAUUGGCCAAGCACGCCGUUUCGGAAGGAACCAAGGCCGUUACGAAAUUUACCUCCAAGUAAUUUUUGGUACCACAGGCCCGUUGCCGAAAUGGAAAAUAAAAAAAAUAAAAAAGUGUAAAUACGCAUCAAGUGGAAAACUUUUAUAUGAUAUAUAAAAAUGUUUAAAAAAAAUGAAACUAAAAAAAAAAAAAAAAAGGCUAACCAAGAAUCAACUAAAAGCAACACAUAUGAAGAGAAGAAUAAUUACACGGGGAAAAAGACAAAGCAGAAAGAAGCUGCAGUUAUGGACGUUUCGAUACGAUUGGAAUGGAGACAUUUCGUUCGUUCGCCGAGGAACUCCCUCUACUGCCGUCUGACUUGUCCAUCAAGUUAUUCACUCAUAUGGUACAAGAAAAGCAAAGCUGAAUUGAAUCGAAUUGAAUUGCGUACAUCUCAAAAUGGCUACCCCCUCUUAGAGGGAGGCUAUUCACACAAGUCUGUGUGUGCUUUGCAUGGCAGCCCAUGCAGUGUGCAUACAAACGUUUCGCACCAAAUUAAAACGAAUGCUAUAAUGAACAGUAGGAGGAAUGAUGCGUGAAGCUGUGUGCAUGCGUUGUGUGUACGUUCCUGUCCUUGUGCAUGCUCUUUUAUGUGUGCACUUGUACAUGUACUACCUUCGUAUGACCGGCGCACUAUCCGGGAGAGUCUCACACACACGCGGUAUUUUUUUUUUUUUUGCGACUGGCUGUUUUGGGCAGGUGAUGUGAAUACGUUGUUGUCCCAAAACCUCAAUGCGUUCACAUCGUGCGCCUUAAAAUGGUCAGCGAGAAAUUGUAUGCACGUGCACUUAUCGUGUAUGUGUGUGCAUCUGGUCAAGUCCCGCAGUGUGCAUAAGACUUCCACCCCGUAUACAGUAUAGUGUGCCGUACACACAUACAUAUUUUCGUGUUAUUUUUCAUGUUUUUUUUUUUUUUUUAAGUUUAGUUAAAUUUAAAUAAACAACUUUACGAAGGCUUCACUAGAAGCCAUUCCCUUUUUAACCCCUUCGUUUCGCGACAAGGAA